AUGCGCUCCAGGAUGGUCCGAUGCAGCUAUGGUUCCAAAUGUGCGAUCGUUGCGAUGAUGGCGUGGGACCUGAUGGCAUGCAGCGUGAAUGUGAAGAAUAGCGAGCAAAUGUGGAAGAGGAGCAAGGAAUCUUGUUCCCUUUGUUCUCUUCCUCAAGAUCCCUUGGAGGCACAUUUUGGAUCCAUCCUUCUGAAUCCUUCAAUGCACCUCCGUGGAGGGCAGGGUCAGAGGAAGUUGUUGCGCCUUCGGCAACAACGAAGGCAAGAGCGGAUGCGUGAUGAGCUUGAACUGCGAGGUCUGAGUGAGAUAGAUGGCGCUAUGCUGAAGAAGAAGAUGACGAAGAGGCAACAGCAACAACUACAGGAACCGCUGCCAACAUGGGAGGAAUACCGUGAGAAGCUGUUGGAGAAAGAGUGGAAAACAGCCGAGAGGCGCAUGAAAGCGAUACAACGCAAUGAAGAAUUGCAAAGUCUGCGGACCGAUCAAACAUUCGCCAAGAACGAAGAGGAUCUCAGUGAGGAAUGGCAAAAUCUGCCCCCCAUGCGCAAGGUCAAUGAUGGCAAGGGACACAUAGAUUUUGUAGGAGAGAGCCUUUGUCCUCCAAAUAUCACUGACAUAAAUGAGAAGUUGGUGUGGAUAGAAGAUCACUAUGAACCCUUCGACAGGUACAUCACCAUGGAAGACAUCAUCGCCGACCAGAGGGCUACAGCAACAGUCACGGCGAAAGAGAAGCUGCGAGCAUGCACCAAAGAGCUUAUCAAGGAUCUCAACAUCUCAGUUCCUGGAAGCUUGAAAGAAGCGUCCAUAAGGGUGAACACCAGCAAGGAGGACCUUGACGCGCGGGUUGAAACGAUGACCAUGAGACUGCGAGAGAUCUUGAAGUUGAACUCCUUCGACGUUGAUGCUCUCUGUACCUAUGGUAUUGCGCUACACACAUGGAUGGAUGACGCGGAUGGAGCAGAGUACAUGUUCAAGCGCGCUCUGCUCGUGAACCCCAAGCACGCCACGACGCUCUGCAGCUAUGCGAGGCUUUUGAGAGAUGCGCGGGGAGAUCACAACAAAGCUCUUGAGCUCUUACGCAAGGCUGUCGAGUAUGAACCAGAAAAUCCAUGGCUGAAGCUUGUCUUGAAAGAAGAUGAAUGGAAAUCCUACGCAAACGUUCGAGUGGACAGAAAAGUUGACUUCUCCUCGAAAAAAUCAACUGACGAGGGAGUCGGUGUUCAGCUCGCCAAAGACAUAUGA